AUGUCUAAAAGCAGCAACCAAAAACGCUUCCAACUGAGAAAACAAUGUCGAGAAGCCUUAGCGGCUCAUAUAUUUAACCGACUUCACCUCGUCGUCCCUCCCGAACGAGUCCGUCUUCAACCGCGGCCCGAAGAUGGAUACGCUUGGUCUGUCACGAACACGAAUGCCGCUUUGCUCAAAUCAAAUCUAAGUAGUGCCACGAUAAACCUUUACCAGAAAAUAUUGAAGGAGCUCGGUUCCUCACUCGAGGCUGUCAAUCCGCAUUCCAAUACAUGCGGCUUUCCAAAGGAG